GUAAAGAUUCGCUUUCUUUUCCCGUCCCUAAAUGUAAGUCCAAUCUCUAUCCUCCUUACUACGCAGUCACAGGUUAGUAUGAUUUCCCUGAAUCCCACAGUACGCCAGAUUCCGAACUAUACCCUAAAAUUUACGUUGUCGGGUCAUACAAAAUCGGUGUCGUCUGUGAAAUUCAGCGAAAACGGUCAGUGGUUGGGUAUUUCGGACGUGUCGUGGUCUUACGAUUCAAGGUUUUUAUGCAGUUCCUCGGACGAUAAAACCCUCAAACUUUGGGACCUGACAACAGGAAAAUGCUUAAAGACACUCAAAGGCCACAGCAACUAUGCAUUCUGUUGCAACUUCAAUCCGCAAUCGAAUCUUAUUGUCUCCGGAUCGUUUGACGAAAGCGUGAAACUAUGGGAUGUAAAAACUGGCCGAUGCAUUCGUACCCUCCCUGCUCACUCAGACCCCGUUACUGCUGUGCACUUUAAUAGGGAUGGGUCUUUGAUAGCUUCCAGCAGUUAUGACGGCCUUUGUCGAAUCUGGGACACUGGUUCCGGUCAAUGUCUGAAAACCCUGAUCGACGACGAUAAUCCCCCGGUUUCUUUUGUCAAGUUCUCACCAAAUGGUAAAUAUAUCCUUGCUGCCACGCUCGAUAGGUACGAUUCUUCUUAUACAACGGACACAAAAACGAGAAAUAUUGCAUUUUCGCUAACUUCUCGUGGAUUGUAUCGGGUUCCGAAGACAAUAUGGUAUACCUUUGGAACUUACAGACAAAAGAGGUCGUUCAGAAACUCGAGGGUCAUACAGGUAUAUGUCGUUCUGUGCACUGCCUGCCAUCCACAAAUCAAUAUGAUCGCCUCAGCGUCGCUUGAAGGAGACAAAACGAUCAAGUUAUGGACCAGUGACACUUAA